UCAUUAAAGUGUUGCAGUAUGAUCAGUCAGCAGCGGUUCCGCAUACUGCACUGUAUGAAUGCAUUCUCUCAGCUUGUUUACAUGGUCUCUAAGCCCUGCUCUCGCUGCAGUGAAAUAUGCAGAGCAGGCAGCCAGACAGUUAAAACAACCACCAGUCACUAUGUGCGUCCAAGUUCAGUAAGUGUUCGUCGACAACUUGUCUGUGUCAUAUGGGUCAGUGUACUUAGGUUAUGUAACAGAAAACUGCGGUGGAUUAUUGUGCCUUUGAUCAGAACCUCAUUCUGUAAGAUUCACACUUUAUCUCAAGAGGAAAUAACAAUUCUUCAGUACGUAUUUUCCUGUGCGACUGAGCAGCUGUAAUGCUGAUAUAUUUAGCCACUUGCCGAGCUUGUGGUAAGAAGGGUGUUGCCUAAAUACAAUUAGCCGGUCAGAUGACUGAAUCUCUGCUCUUGUGGGCUUACAAACUGUGCGAAGGAUAUUGCAUUUAAUAAAACUUAUACUGCAGCUUCCAAAAACGAAAAAAAAAAAGUAAGGGAGCAAACGCUGCUGACUGCAAGGUGGUGAUAUGAAUCCUGACUCAAGAGGAUAUCACGCUUUACUGAAGACAGUAUUUAAGCAAUAGGUUUUAUUCUGCAUCUGGAAGAAGGAUGUUAUAUGUAGCAUUUGUGCAUCUUACAUCAGCCCCGGGAUGAUCAUAUGCACAGCUACAUAAGGCGACGUAUCCUUGAGAAGCUUGUCGUAUAAUAUCUGGGAAACAGCCAACUGUGAGAAAGGUUGCUUUUCUUUUUUUUUUAUUCCCUCUUUAUUUUUUUCAAUUCUAGCUUUUCGAUCCUGUCUGGCUUACCCGAAGCUCUUGCUAUCUUGUCCGUCUCUCGCAACGUUAACUGCGUGCUGUGUUUAAGAGUCUUAUGCUUAGAUCAGAAUGUGCACUUCAGAAGACAUAGCAGACAGCCUUCACGGAGAGAACCUUCUCUGUAAUCUAAAUGAACAGCGUAUGCAAGGUUUCUUGUGUGACGUUACCAUUGUGGUUGAAGAUACUAAAUUCAAAGCACACAGAAAUAUACUGGCAGCCUCCAGCCUGUACUUUAGAAACCAUUUUCGGAGCCAGAGCAUAUUAAUACAGGGACAUGUCUUGGAGCUCAAUGACUUGAAAGCAGACACAUUUACUGAGAUAUUGAACUUUAUUUACAGCUCAAAGAUUGCUGUGAAGAAAAAGGAGACCCUGACUGAUCUUGUAGAUGCUGGUAAAAAGCUAGGCAUAACCUUUUUAGAAAACAUCAAAGCUUCCAAAAAGUCUACUGCAGUUGCUUGCUCAACUGAACCUGAAGGAAAUGCGCCACUUGCAUUUUAUCGAGGAGAAAACGGACUGAAAUCAGAGAGUGUGGACAAAAAGGGAGAUGACCCGGCUAUUGCUAAUGGACCAAGAAUCACCAAUGCCUUUUCUAUUUUGGAAACUGAAGCAAAUGGCUUUUCUCCUCUUGAUCUAAGAGCAAAUUUUAAAAAGAGCACAGGCUCCACUGAAGAGGUGCAUAAUGGUGGUAACUGUGAGAAUGGGGUCUGUAAUGAUGGAGAGCCAGUAAACACUUUGGCUGAGCACUCCUAUGCAGUGUCUUCUGGUGAUGCAUCAUACAAAAGAGACUCUGUAUUUGACCAUGGCAAUAAAGGUAGCCAUACAAGGGAUCAGGAAUGCACAACUCCUGGUACAGUUUCUACCAGCCAGGAAACCAAGUCAGCCAACAGCAUGCUGGUGUUAGAACCUCAGUGUGUUAACCCACAAGCAAUCAUUCAGACUUGUACCUCUAAUAGUGUGAGUUGCUCUUCUGAGCAAACCGCCAACCAAACUGAAUUCUACAGCCAAAGGGAAGAAGAAAGCACCUUACCACAACUUCCCCCUGGUAACCCACCUGACACCCAGUCUUUCUGUGAUGCUGGUCUAUAUCCUCUUCCUAAAAAGCACCAUGUGACUUUACACUGCAAAAACUGCAGCAAAGAAUUUGCACACUUUAAACGCCUACAGCGGCAUGAACAAAUCUGUUUUAAGGUUGUGCACAUGGACAGAGAUUUGAGGAUACCCAACAAUCUUUCACAAGGUGCCUCAACAGAGAACUACUGCACUCCUACAGAAUCUACAACUAACCAGAAUGCUCUGACAAAUGGCUCCUCAUCUGCAACAGACCACUUUGUUAAAAUAGUAGAUGAUAAAAUAUUUUAUGUCUGCAUUGUAUGCAAAAGAAAUUAUUUAACUCUAUCCAGUCUUCGACGGCAUUCAAAUGUCCACUCAUGGAGGAAGUCAUACCCUUGCCAUUAUUGCAACAAGGUAUUUGCCUUAGCUGAAUAUAGAACCAAACAUGAAAUCUGGCACACCGGGGACCGAAGAUAUCAGUGCAUAUUUUGCCUAGAAACAUUCAUGACUUACUAUAUCCUUAAAAAUCAUCAGAAAUCUUCCCAUGGCAUUGACCCAAGAUUGGGGGUAGGAAGUAAAGCAAACAGGGGCCUCAAGCCAAGCAUCUAUCCUUACAAACUAUAUAGACUUUUACCCAUGAAGUGUAAAAGACCCCCACUGAAAACCCCUAGAACAGCUUCAGCAGCACACUUUCAAGUUCAAAAUUCCUUUACCACACCCACAGCUGUUCAGAAUGCUCUCAAUUCACAACCAUUCUCUUUGAACAGCCAGGAGCCAUUUUCUAGCACAUUAGAUGCUCCAUCACAGAAUGUGACAAAUUCAACAACGACCCAGGAGACUUGGCCUUUUGAUAUAACACAAUCUGACAAAAACACAAAUGUCUUGACUGUUGGUAAAGUUAAUUCUCCUUCACAUGUUUCAGCCUUAACAUUGAAGCAGAGUGGCAGUGCACCUGGUCCACAAUUGAAUGAAAAUAAGAAUAUUCCAUCUGUUAUUAAUGCUAGCAAUUCUGCACCCUCAGUGAUCAUGCACAGCAGCAGAGUUUCCUCUGUGAUAAUGCAUGGUAAUGCAAUAACUGGUACAGCUGCAAAUGGGACAGGGUGGAAUCCCAGCCGAACCAUUGUUUCACCUGAAAUAGAUACCAGCCAAGAAAGUAACCCUGAAGCAACUGAGGCAAAUACAGAGGUGCAAUCCCCCAUAGGGUACAAAAAUGGUGAUGCUCAUCAGGAUGAGCAGGAAUUAUCUCUUCCUGCACCUUCAUCUAAAAAUAAUAAAAGUGUUAUUCGUGAAGGGAAUAAAACAGAAACAUACAUAGCCAAACCAGCCCUACCUGGAACUCUUGUUAAUAGUGGAAUUGCUCCUCUUUGCCAAAUCACAGUUAAAAUUGGAAGUGAAGCUUUGGUGAAAAGGCAAAUCUCUGGUUCAUCUCUGUUCUUUAGGAAGAGUGGAAGACCAAAACAUGCAGAGCCUGAGGGAGCAUGGAUGGAUUCAGAUGAUGACAAGAAAGAAAGAUGCUCCAUUCGACUUCGGAGAUCAGAUAGUCUCCAAAUGGAGGAGAUGUGUGAUGAUGCUAGUGACCAAGACGUGUCUGACAAACCAUGGAGACCUUACUACAACUAUAAGCCCAAAAAGAAAUCAAAGCACUUUAAGAAAUUCAGGAAAUUGAAGAAAAGGAAAAAACACAGCAGACCCAGACCUACUGACGAAAAUGUAAGUGAAGUUGACACAAAAUCAUCUGGAGAGGCCAUUGACGAAAAUACAAAUGGUGCAGAAGACUCUCCAGAAACAUUUGAUUUUGACUGUCCCUCCGAAAAAUCAGUUGAACAGGAAAAGACAUCUGAACAAGAGGAGGAAGUUGAGCAAGGAAUGGUUGCUACACCACGGUGGCAGAUGGACACUAAGGCUUCCUUUUGUGAGCUAUGUCAAAAAUCCUUUAGGAAUCCUUCAACACUGAAGGUUCACAUGCGUUGUCAUACUGGAGAGAAACCUUACCCAUGCAAGGUAUGUGGAAAAUGCUUCUCCUUUCCUGGGAACUUAAGCAAGCAUGAACGUAUCCAUCAGGUUGGGAAAAACUUCACAUGUCAAUAUUGCAAAAAGACAUUUUUGUUGCAUAAAACUUUGAAAAAACAUGAGAGGAUUCACACUGGAGAAAAAAUGUAUGACUGUAAGUUCUGCUCACAGCAAUUUCUCUACCUUACUUCAAGAAAUAAUCAUGAACAAAAACAUUUAGAAGAGCAGAGUGAAAAGGGGUUUGUUUGUGCGCAGUGUUCCAAAGUUUGCAAGACUGCUGCCGCCCUUGUGAUGCACCAAAAGAAACACUAUUUCAGGGGACUAAAGCAUAGGGAGCGAAAAGACUUACAACCAUCUGCUGCAGAAAUAUGCACCUGGGGUGGUGCUGCAAGUAGCAUUUGUAAUGAUCCUAAAACGACUGGAGAAAGAAGAUCUGUAAGCAUGCCUGAAAGUUUCCCCCCUACUUUUGAUGACUGUGAGGCUCCACUGUUGUCUUACAACAGUGGUGUUACAGAGGUCAUACCCCAGAAUGUUUGCACUCCAAGCCCUGUAGAGAAUGUAAGUGCCAUUGGGGAAACUGACUCUAGUCAUUUCAUGACUCCACCUCCACUACCGCCUGUUGCAUUACACAGCAGUGUCCUAAUGGAGGUUCCCAAGGGCUGGAAGCAUUGGAAAGCAAGGCACUAUAACCUGGAGGAAAAUUUGAACUCUGAUCAUUCUUCCUUAAAAGAGAGCACUAAGACUUUCACAGAAUUAAAGACGAUGACAAGUUUUGAUAACCCAUUUGUCCCGUAGAUGAUUGUGGUGAAACAUUUUAAAACAAAACAAGCUAUUUUUUUGUUCAUUAACUCUUUUGUUGCUAACGGACAGUUACAGGCCUAUAGCAGCAUACAUGGUUUAAAGGACCAAGUUAAUCUAAAACAAGGAGUUUAUGUAUAGAAAGUGUACUAAUAGCAUUCAUAAAUAUAGAUGUGUAAAAAUGUGUAAAAGUUCACAAAUCUGUACAGAAAUUAAGAUCUUUGAUCCCCUUGAGGCUGCAAUUUGAAGAUAAAGGAUGUUAUGCCAUGACAGUGUUCUUCAACCUGUUUACUAGACAUGAAUUAUUUUCUGUAUAGCAAAAUAUCACGAUACCACUUUCAUCCAAGAUAUUUGAAACUCUUAUUAGCUCCACAUUUUUCCAUAUUUAUUAGUGAAUGUUAUUAAAACACUUUUAUAUAAAAGAGCUAGUACAUUUUAGUUUAUUGGCCCUUUAAUUAAACGUCAAGUGUUCAUAAGUGUUAGUUUCCCUGAGCUGUACAUCUUUGCACUAGUUCUAUGUAUAAAUGUCAGCUUAUUCCAUGUGUUCUUGCAAGCAGUUAGCCGGGCAACACGUUCUGUACAGUUUGUAGUAUAAUAUAAGUUUGUUAAAGUGGCAGUCACUUAUUGCGCUUACGAGGGGACCCACAUAAACAAGAGAUUCCCUUCCCUUCUAUUGAAGUGUAGUUUGUUCAUAAGAUGUUUGCUAAAAUCCGUAAUAAAAAAUUAAUUAAAUAUCAGUGUCAUAUAGCACUCCUCAGCAGUGAUUACACAAGUACUCCUUGACCGUCCAUACUCACUUAUAUAUUUUAAUGCUUAAUAAGGGUAUUUUUAUGUGGACUGCUUCUUUAAAUUCUAUAUAUUAUACUACACACAGAAAGCACUGUACAGCAUUAUAUACUGUAAUUAUUGUGUUAUUUAGGAAACAGCUCGUUGCAGCCAGGGACAAAAGAAAGAAUUAUGUCUUGUACAACUGAACAGUUUAUAACACAUAGUGAAUGAUAUUGUUAACACAAUUAAACAAAAUAUCAUUUGUGAAUUGCCAGUUCAAAAAAUAGUUAAAAAAAUAACAAAAAUUAUGUGACGUUAAUAUUGGAUAUUAAAGCAAAUAGAUUAUAACUGUAAAAAAAAAAAUGAACGGUAAUUUUGUCUAUGCAACCAAAGGAUGUUUUUACUUUUUUUAUAAUUCAAAACAGGAUUUCUGUUUUAGAAGGUAAUCUUCCAUAAGCUUUUGGCAGGACCAUGUAGUAACAUAUAGGGGUCUCCACUUUUUGCAACUUCCUGGAAACUGGUAUUUGGGGUUUUACCUGAGAGUCAUCUGCCAGUGAAAUCUAGAAUUGCAUAACACUUAUUCUGGUACAAUAGUACUCUUUGAGCGCCAUUUCAUCUGACUGUGGGACACAAAGUAAUGUAAAUAAAACCAAGACGAAUGUCCAUACAAUGCUUACCUAAGGUUUGUGGUAGAAUCAGACCCCUAUAUGUUAUUGCUAGGGAUGGUCAGUAGUAGAUGGUAGAUUUCUAUUUUUAAUUAAAUCCAAUCUAAUAACUGA